GACCCAGCCACCUCCUAAUCUCCCUGUGGGCCCCAGUCAUAAGCUGUCCAACAAUUACUACUGUACUCGUGAUGGUCGCCGGGAAGUUGUGCCUCCUUCAAUCAUCAUGUCUUCACAAAAGGCCUUGGUGUCAGGCAAGACAGCUGAGAGCUCUGCUGUGGCAGUCACUGAGAAGAUGGCAGUGACACCUGCUCCUCCCAUAAAGAGGUGGGAGCUGUCUAAGGACCAGCCAUACCUGUGACCCUGCCCUAGGCUACCUUGCCAUGUCCCCAUGGCCACGUGACUGCUUUUCCUCCUUGGAUUUCUGCUGGGGCGAGCAUAACCUAAUUUAUAAAAAAUACAUCAAAUGCCACAUUACUUCCA